UUCUCGCUCCCCGCCUUGAGUCCCCUAGGCGCUUUGCAUCAGCAUGCACGGCGGGAUCAGCAGCUCUGGCAGGCGGGCUUCGGCAAGAAUGCAGUUGGUGAGGAAGCUCGGCGAGGCGUGCCGGUGCAGCUGCCCCUGGCCGUGACUGCUGAUGCGAGGCAGUGCACGACUCAGCUGGCCGGGGCCUGCUGCCCCGCCGGUGCCGCGCACCUGCAGACUCCCGGGCUGUGCCAUCUCCCGGGCAGGGCCGGGCCGGGGGCUGGGGCGGGGCGGAAGAGAAAAAGCUCUGAUCUCUGCGUUCGCCUCGCGCAGCUGUGCGGCGAGCCCGGGCAGUGUGAUGCCCGAGCGGAUGCAUGAAUGGACAUAGUGUGAAUGAGUGAUGAAUGGGAAUGAACCGAUGACAGGUUUUGCGUAUUGCAGUGGAUCACCUUAGCUGAAAGGGAUUGCAAACUUAAAGGUCCGCGUGUGGGUGCCCCCCUACCCCCUACACCAGUGUUUGCUUUAGCCAGCACUUAGGAGCACUGCUUUUCAGAAAUGUAAAUUUGAAAACCUUCAGUCCAACUUUCCCCUCCUUGUCCCCCAUAGAACCUACCCUUUCCUAAAGCCUUUCUCCCCACCCCUCUCCUUUUUUUUAACAUGCUUGUCCCCUAAAGGCGUUCGAGUAUUCGAACUCUGGUGGGCUUUGGGCUGCUUAACCCAAUUAUCUGUUCAUUUGGUUCUGGAGUAAACCGAAUGAUUGAAUUCUCCCCCGGGCCACAAUCAGAUCUUGCUAGUGGAACUCACUCUCUGCCUUCCCAGGCCCCAGCCUGGCUCCUCCCCUCCCCCGCCAAACCCACCGUCCCCAGCUCCACCCGCAGUGAAGAAGGCAAAGUCUCUGAUGUGCCUUGAGCUCAUUGUCAGGCGGCUGCCGCUGCUGUUAGAUUUUUAUUUUGCUAACCAGGGUAGAGCUGAUAAUAUGUUGGAGCAGCAUGGGGCAUAGCCAAGUAUUUUACAAUUAUCAAUUGUUGAGCAGAGUAGAAAUCUCCCUGGGACAGAGCCUCCUCUGUGUUGUGGUGUUGUUAGAGAUGCAAAAGGAGUUAUUAGACUACAAAGGAAUUGGCAUUAGUGUUCUUGAAAUGAGUCACAGGUCAUCAGAUUUUGCCAAGAUUAUUAACAAUACAGAGACUCUUGUGCGGGAAUUGCUAGCCGUUCCAGACAACUAUAAGGUGAUUUUUUUGCAAGGAGGUGGGUCUGGCCAGUUUGGUGCUGUCCCCUUAAACCUGAUUGGCUUGAAAGCAGGAAGAUGUGCGGACUAUGUGGUGACGGGAGCUUGGUCAGCUAAGGCCGCAGAAGAAGCCAAGAAGUUUGGGACUAUAAAUAUCGUUCACCCUAAACUUGGGAGUUAUACAAAAAUUCCAGAUCCAAGCACCUGGAACCUCAACCCGGAUGCCUCCUAUGUGUAUUAUUGUGCAAAUGAGACAGUGCAUGGUGUGGAGUUUGACUUUAUACCCGAUGUCAAGGGAGCAGUACUGGUUUGUGACAUGUCCUCAAACUUCCUGUCCAAGCCAGUGGAUGUUUCCAAGUUUGGUGUGAUUUUUGCUGGUGCCCAGAAGAAUGUUGGCUCUGCUGGGGUCACCGUGGUGAUUGUCCGUGAUGACCUGCUGGGGUUUGCCCUCCGAGAGUGCCCUUCGGUCCUGGAAUACAAGGUGCAGGCUGGAAACAGCUCCUUGUACAACACGCCUCCAUGUUUCAGCAUCUACGUCAUGGGCUUGGUCCUGGAGUGGAUUAAAAACAAUGGAGGUGCGGCGGCCAUGGAGAAGCUUAGCUCCAUCAAAUCUCAAAUGAUUUAUGAGAUUAUUGAUAAUUCUCAAGGAUUCUACGUAUGUCCAGUGGAGCCCCAAAAUAGAAGCAAGAUGAAUAUUCCAUUCCGCAUUGGCAAUGCCAAAGGAGAUGAUGCUUUAGAAAAAAGAUUUCUUGAUAAAGCUCUUGAACUCAAUAUGUUGUCCUUGAAAGGGCAUAGGUCCGUGGGAGGCAUCCGGGCCUCUCUGUAUAAUGCUGUCACGAUUGAAGAUGUUCAGAAGCUGGCCGCCUUCAUGAAAAAUUUUUUGGAGAUGCAUCAGCUAUGAACACAUCCUAACCAGGAUAUACUCUGCUCCUGAACAACAUACAAAGUUUAAAGUAACUUGCGGAUGGCUACAAAGAGUUAACAAACACAGUAUUUUUCUUAAAUGAACAUGUUUAUUGUAGAUUCUUCUUUUUUGAAAGAACAGCAAAACAUCUACGGCUCUGUAAAGCUGGUGGGACCUAAUGUUCACCUUAAUUCUGACUUGAACUGGAAACAUUUUAAGAAACCUUCUUGUUGCUUUUCUAACAAAUUCCUGCUUAUUUUGCCUUUGCUGCUACUUUUUCUAGUUAGCUUUCAAACUUGCCUGUGGACUUAAUAAUGCAAGUUGCAAUUAAUUAUUUCUGGAGUCAUGGGAACACACAGCAUAGAGGGUAGGUGGGGCCUUCUAGGUGCUGAAUCUAGACAUCUGUGGGGUCUCCUGGGUUCAGCGGCUGUUGAUUCAAGGUCAACAUUGACCACUGAAGGAGCGGUUUAAGAGUACCAGGCAAAGGGCAAACUGUAGAUCGAUCUUUAUACUGUUAUCACAAGAGAAGUGACAUACUUUAUAUAUGUUUCUAUUAGCAAGGUCUGUUUCUAAUACCAUAUACUUUAUAUCUCUAUACAUUUAUAUUUCUAAUAAUAUGGUUAUCACUGAUACAUGUAGACACUUUUAGAAUUUAUUAAAUCCUUGACCUUGUGCAUUAUUCCAUUAGCAACAGUUGCACCCCCUCCUUAGCCCUCCCCUUCCUCUUUUUAAGCUGUUUUAUGAAAAAGAUCUAGAAGUUCUUGAUUCAUUUUUACUGUUCUUUCCAGAGGUAAAAGAGAAAGUUGAUUGGUUGGUUGUUUUUCAAUUAUGCCAUUAAACUAAACAUUUCUGUUAAAUUACCCUAUCCUUUGUUCUCUUGACUGUUUUCUUUGUAAUGUUUGAUGACAAGAGUGAUACUUUGCUGAAAAGUCUUUCCCCUAUUGUUUAUCUAUUGUCAGUAUUUUAUGUUGAAUAUGUAAAGAACAUUAAAAUCCUAAAACAUCUAA